AUGCCUAUCGGACACGUUCUCCUCCACGUCGCCAAGGCCGACUUUGCGCCUACCGUUCAGUUCUACAGCACCGUCCUCAAGACUCUCGGACUCCAGAAGCUCCCUGGUUUCCCUGAAGGCAUGGUUGGCUUUGGCACCACCGGACCCGAGUUUGUCCUUCUCUCCGGCGACAAGACAUCCAACGUGCACGUUGCCUUCCAGGCUGCCGAUACCAGCGCUGUUGACGCCAUUCACUCCUCGGCUCUCGCAAACGGGGCAAAGGACAAUGGAGCUCCCGGUAUCCGAGCCGGAAUUCACCCCAAGUACUAUGCCACUUUCUUCCACGACCCUGUUGGCAACAACAUCGAGGCUGGCACCCUGACUGCUUGA